UUACUCUGUUUUUCUCUUUUUUGUGCUGAGACGCUCAAGCGGUUGGUACCCUUGCCUCCUGUCCACGCUUGGCCCCCAGGAGGACCUUUGAGGACCUAUGGUGGAGGUGGUGUUGAGAGCGGCCCCAGACGCAGUGGGAGCCAGAAUGGGCCGGAACCGGGGCCACCUUGGUCCUCUCGGCCCCGGCCCCCAGCCCUCCCCGCGGCGUCGCCUCUAGGCCUGGGCCUGGCCGACGACUUUCGCGAACCAACCACCAGGAGGAGUAAGUGGGAAGGGGAGGGGUUUAUCCUCGACCCUGGGAGGGUGGGGUGUUGGCUGGAGAGUUUGUGAAAAGUUGUGAGACUAGCAGGAGGAAGUGGGGAGAGAGGAGUUGGGGCUGCGUCGGAGGCCGACCACCGGGAGGUCCCAGGUGACUCCCGGGAAGCCCCCGUGGCUGGAAGGGAGUCGAGCGUCUACGUGCACGGAGGGACCUGCUCGGAGGUUCGCUGCUACCUGAGACGGGAACUCAAGCUUCUGCGGGUCCGAAGCCUUUCUCCUGCGUGGUGACUCUGGUGGCUGCGUCUGUGCCCCAGCCAUGAGGAUCCGGAUGGCCGUGAGAUGGACGUGGGCAGGCAAAAGCUGCCUGCUGCUGGCGCUCUUAACGGUGGCCUAUCUCCUGGUGGAACUCUCCGUCUCCACUUUGCAAGCCUCGGCAGGAGCCGGUCUCGCCAGGGAGAGGGGGUCAAGACAGCUCUCAGACUCUGGGAAAAAAGCAGUGGAUUUGUCUCGCCCGCUUUAUGAGAAGCCCCCUGCAGAUUCUCAUGCACUUGGGGAGUGGGGGAAAGGCAGCAAACUGCAGCUCAACGAGGGUGAGCUGAAGCAGCAGGAAGAACUCAUUGAGAGAUAUGCCAUUAAUAUUUACCUCAGUGAUAGGAUUUCCUUGCAUCGCCACAUAGAGGAUAAAAGAAUGUACGAAUGCAAAUCCAAGACGUUUGACUACAGGAGACUUCCCACCACUUCUGUUGUCAUCGCUUUCUAUAAUGAAGCCUGGUCGACUUUGCUCCGCACCAUCCACAGUGUUUUGGAAACGUCUCCCGCCGUCCUUUUGAAGGAGAUCAUCUUAGUGGAUGACUUGAGUGACAGAGUUUAUUUGAAGACACAACUUGAAACUUACAUCAGCAACCUCGAUAGAGUCCGCUUGAUUAGAACAAAUAAGCGGGAGGGGCUGGUUAGGGCUCGUCUGAUUGGGGCCACUUUUGCCACUGGGGAUGUCCUUACUUUCCUGGAUUGUCACUGUGAGUGUAAUGCGGGUUGGUUGGAGCCACUUUUGGAAAGGAUUGCUGAAGAUGAAACAGCCAUCGUUUGUCCUGUUAUAGACACCAUUGAUUGGAAUACUUUUGAGUUCUAUAUGCAGACUGGGGAGCCUAUGAUUGGUGGGUUUGACUGGCGUUUAACAUUCCAGUGGCAUUCUGUCCCCAAACACGAAAGGGACCGGCGGAAAUCGAGAAUUGACCCUAUCCGAUCGCCCACCAUGGCUGGAGGACUGUUUGCCGUCAGCAAGAAAUACUUUCAGUACCUGGGAACGUAUGACACUGGGAUGGAAGUGUGGGGAGGUGAGAACCUCGAGCUGUCUUUCAGGGUGUGGCAGUGUGGAGGUAAACUGGAGAUCCACCCGUGUUCCCACGUGGGCCACGUAUUCCCCAAACGGGCACCGUAUGCUCGGCCCAACUUCCUGCAGAAUACUGCUCGGGCAGCGGAAGUGUGGAUGGACGAGUACAAAGAGCAUUUCUACAAUCGAAACCCUCCAGCCCGGAAGGAAGCGUACGGAGAUAUUUCCGAAAGAAAAUUACUACGGGAGCGGCUGAGGUGCAAGAGCUUUGACUGGUAUUUGAAAAACGUGUUUUCGAAUUUACAUGUUCCAGAGGACAGGCCAGGCUGGCAUGGGGCUAUUCGCAGUAUAGGUAUCUCUUCUGAAUGUUUAGAUUAUAAUUCUCCUGAAAACAACCCUACAGGUGCUAACCUUUCACUCUUUGGCUGCCACGGCCAAGGAGGCAACCAAUUCUUUGAAUAUACUUCAAACCGAGAAAUAAGGUUUAAUUCCGUGACAGAGUUAUGUGCAGAGGUUCCUGAACACAAAAAUCACGUGGGGAUGCAGAAUUGUCCCAAAGACGGGUCUCCUAUUCCAGCCAACAUUAUUUGGCAUUUUAAAGAAGAUGGAACCAUUUUUCAUCCCCACUCGGGGCUGUGUCUCAGUGCUUACCGGACACCUGAGGGCCGACCUGAUGUUCAGAUGAGAACGUGUGAUGCUGCAGAUAAAAAUCAAAUCUGGAAGUUUGAGAAGUAGAAGAACACAACAGCACUUUCGACCUGAACUGCGCACAGCUUCAGGAAAGUCAGCCUUCAGAGAGCCUCAGUGAAGCUUUCUUUUAUCAGCGUUCACCCCGUGGUCACCUACAGGAGCUCUGUAAAAGCUGUGGAUCAUUUUAGUAUAAAACCCUGAAACUGGGUGCACAGACAGCUGCUGUUUAAUAUUUCAAAGUGCCUUACUUCUGGGUUGUUUUAUUUAAGAGCUUUGUCAAUGUGGCCUCCUACUUCUCUCAAAGUUGACUGUGACUUGAGAUACGCAAAACAUUUAAGGGCCAGACAUGAUAUUAAAGAAUGUUAAGCGUACAGGCAAAAUGAGGGAUGGUUUAUGGUUGAUGGUAAGUUCACAGGACAUCCUAUUUAAAAAAAAAAAAAUGCAGUUUGUGCUAUUGCUGUUUUGUUUGUACAUAGAAUUUGAGUUUCCUUUAGCUGGCAUAUUAAAUUUUAGGUUUUGUCUCUUUUUUUAUUCUAAUUGUCCUUUACUCAAAUAGAAAUCAAGGAAAGUUAAUCUUAAGGGCAAAGGCUUGGCUGAGACAUAUGAGUCAUUUGUUGUGAACUUGAACGUGAGUUUGGAGGUCUUUUUAACACACUUGCAUCUCAGAAAACUGUCCCCACUGCUGAAUGAAAUGGGAGCUAUUUACCUUCCGCACUUGGCAAACUUGAGCUGUUGGACUUAACUGAUCCCUAUCGAUACCUCAGAUCACUCUGAUUUUGUCAGCUGUCCUCUCUGUGAACUUAUUUGUGUAUUUAGGGCAUUUUCUGAUGGCACUUCCUUAAGCUCUAAAUGUAUUGGAGAGGGACUCAUUCAGAAUAAUGUGCUUCUCUUUGUUAACUUUUAAUCACUUAAAGUAAACACUUCAUCACUUAAAAUAAACACAAUAGAGGCCAACUGUGUUUACUGAAAUGUGUGAAACUGAAAGUGGGCCGGAUUCUAUGAAGGCUGUGGAACUCUGCUAGGAGAUCUUGCAGAUUAGGACUUUUUCAGGAAUGAUUUUAAGAAGACAAGGGGAGGCGUUCUCCUGUGGCUCUGUGGGUUCAAGACCCAGUGUUGUCACUGCAGCUGCUUGGAUUACAAGGUUCGAUCCUUGGCCUGGCAACUUCUGCAUGCCGUGGCCAAAGUUUAAAACAAUUUUUUUUUAAAAAGUGGGGGGAAAGAUUGCCUUGGCAGUGGUGGAAGCUGCCUCCCUCCUUGUUUUCUGCAACUUGCCCUAAGCCUGAUAUUUAGGCAGCUGUCGGUAGUUGUGGGUGUAUGACUGUAACAGAAUGGAUGGAUGAAUGAAUGGGUCAUCCGAGGAACCUGACUUUGGUCAAGUCAUUUGAUCAGGUGACUCAGUUUGGGCUUCAAUUUCCUUCUUUGUAAACUGCGGGCACCGGAGCACAUCCUGACGAUUCCUUCCAGCGCUGAAGUGUUUCAUUCAUUGCGAUCUUUCCAGCACGCUUAUCUCCCCCCUGGUGUGGAGCGAUGUUCAGUCCAGUUAUGAAGCUGGAGAAAAAUGGUUUUAAAAAUUCAAGUGAGCUGAGCUCGACUGAAGUGGUUUAAUUUAUUGGAUUGAGUAGAGAGUUGUUGUGGUCAGUGUUUGUAUUCAUUUUAUUUUGACAAUGACCGAACCCCUUUUUUGGUUUUUAUCUGUCAUCUUUCAAACUCUAAAAGUAAUCUUGUGGGCUAAGAAUAUGAAUAUUUCCCAAACUAAAGUAUUUGAGAGGUAAACAUACGUAAGAAAAAUUAUUUUUUUUACUGGUUUUAUUCCAGUAUUAUAUCCAGAAAUCACAAACUGAAUUUAGAAUUAAAUUCCAAUUAGUUCAUUUUGGUCUAAAUUUAUGAAAAAUGUGUCCUCCGUAAAGAAUCAGCCUAUAGUACUCAUAAGUUGUUUUCAGUGUUUACUUGAUGACUUGGAGAGUAGGAACUUUGUAAAAUCUCAUUUUAAGAAAAGUUUUUAGGAUAAUCAUUUGAAAAAGUAAAAAGUGCUAUGUAUGUUGAAUUUGUUUCUUUUUUGUUUCUUAAAAUUAAAAUGUGUUAGUAACUUUCUAUAUGUUUUAUAGCAAAGAAUUGUGAAAAUUUCUUGUGCAAUGUGCAUGGUCCUGGGUGUGAUUUAGGAAGGAUUUACAGUAUUGCUCUGAGUUUUGCAAAAGGGUUGACUGGCCUCAGGUAUUCUGCUAAACCCACCUCACCCCUUGCUUGGUCUGCCUUCUUUUUUCUUUUGAUGGCCACACCAUAGCAUAUGGACGUUCCCAGGCCAGGGAUUGAAUCUGAGCUGCAGCUGGGCCAAUGCCAAACCCUUUUGCCCACUGAAGGUCCUGGGAAUGGAACCCACGACUCUACAGUGACCCAAGCUCCUGCUUUCAGAUUCUUAACCCAUUGCACCUUGGUGGGGUCUCCCUGCCUUUUUGGUUUUUAAAUCACUCUUUCUUUUUUAUUUAUUUUGUUGUUCUUCUUAGCCUCCUAUCAGGUGGGAGAACCUAUUGGAAUUAUUUUUAUUCUACUAUCUUAUUGCUCCUAUCAAAAAGGAGAGGGAGCAUUGAAAAAUAAAGCACUUAAUUCUUGAUUCAUCUCUUGCCUAAAUUGCAGGGUGUGACCCAUUAAUCUUUUUUUUUUUUUUAAUCUUUUUACGGCAACACCUGAUGGAGCCACAUCUGUGACCUAUGCCACAGCUUGUAGUAACGCUGGAUCCUUCACCCACUGAUCGAGGCCAGAGUUCGAACCGAAUCCUCACAAACACUAGGCUGGGUUCUUACCUUCCAAGCCACAGCGGGAACUCCCCAUUAAUCUUUUUGGAAGAAAUUUUAGGCUAGUGUUUUCUUUAUAUCAUUAAUUCAGAAUAGGUGGGCUCUUUGUUCCUCACAAUCAUGUAGGUAUCAAAUGAACAAGACGUUCACAUUUUCGUAUCUGCGCAUUUCCAGUUUAAUUCCUAAAACACACUGUAAAACGACAAAGUACAUUUUGAUUCCCUACUUCUAAUUUAUUGGUACCAAAGUUCUUUUUUGCUGUAGAUAAUUAAGAAUUGAUCUUUUAAGUUAAUUUACAUGCUUAAAAACAGUUUUAGUAAAAAAAAAAAUUGGUAGACAAGAAGUUUCAACUUUAAAUGGUCACCAUGUUACUUAAUAUUCAAUUCUAUGAAAAGAUUGACUAUCUACAUAGGCAUUUUUUGCAGCCACUUAAAAAAUGAUAAUCUAGUCAUCUAUAGGGUCUCUCUACUUCAAAAGAACUUGUUUGUGAAAGAAAAUUUGUCUAUGCACCUAGUAGUAGGCUCCUGAGUUAUUAUUACAUGAUGACAAAUCAGACUUUUCUAGGUUGGUAAUAAGAGGUUAUUUUUAAGUGGUAUACUUUUAGUUGGUUUACUAUCUUAAUUUUAAUUAAUAAAAUAUGUAGUUUUGA